CAAUUAUUGACAAUUAUGUUUGUAACGCAAUGAAAACAAAUGUAUAAUUUUUAAAGAAAGACAACGUCAGUAAUUUGAUAAAGUAUUGUUCUUUACUAAAUACUCUUCAACAAACAACUAAGAACAAAGUAUCUGUAAUCAAUGCCCUACAUUUUGAUCAGAGGUAAUCUAGCAUCGUAUGGACAUAAAAAUCCUUGGCGUGUGUUGGUGUCCGGAUUAAAAGCUGGAGAUAUAGAACAACUAAAAAGAUUUGCAUGUGGUGGCUAUUGUGAUGAUUCUACAAUUGUUUAUCUGCAACAUCCUUGUGUGAUUCUCAGUGCACUAGAGGUAUUAGGAUACAAAGUCGUAGCGUCAAGUUCAACUGCUGUGAAACAAGAUUAUAAUGAGUACAUGUGGACAAUGAGAAAAGAGUUUUCUGAGCCUGAACCUUCUAUAAUUGUUGAGCAAGAUAACAUAACCAACUUCAGUAAAGAGGCUAUGCACCUUCAGCAUUCCAAUAAGGACGAAGAGGUUUAA